CAAACCCCAAUAACGUCUAACACAAUAAUUGAACUCUAGGAGAACCCAAAAACCCUCCCUCAUUAGAGGAUUGACCGUCUGGAUUAGCAUAAAGGCACUCACAGAGGGAGAGAGAAAGAGGAAAUAUGUGGGGUUUAGGAGUAACGGCAGUAUUACUCACAAUGGAGUUCUUGGAGGUAGCCAUGAACACUGUAAACAAAGCAGCCAUGAGCAAAGGCAUGAGUCAGUUUGUACUUGUGGUGUAUUCUAACAUACUUGGCGUACUCUUGCUUCUUUCAUCUUCAUUCAUCUUCUACAGAAAAAGAAUUGCUCCACCGAUUACAUGGUCCAUAAUGGGAAGAAUUUUUGUUCUUAGUCUGCUAUGCUGUACGGGUCAGGUGUUUACGUACAUUGGAUUAGGAUACAGCUCCCCAACUUUGGCUUCGGCGAUGACUGAUUUAACUCCAGCUUUUACUUUCAUACUUGGAGUCGUCUCCAGGAUGGAAAGGCUGGACUUGAGAAGCAAAAGCAGUCAGGCCAAAUUUGUCGGCACCAUGGUAUUGAUCGCAGGGGGAUUAGUUGUGACUUUAUACAAAGGUCUGCCGAUUGCAGGCUCUCCAACGUCAACUGAUAAAUUGCAGAAUCUGCUGCUUCUUUUGGGUCCAUCAAAUUGGGCAAUUGGAGGUUUUAUCCUUGCAGCUCAUAGUUUCGUCCUGGCACUAAUUUUUGUUGUCCAGACAUGGAUAAUCAGGGACUACCCAUCGGAGAUUCUUAUCACACUCAUUAGCUCUAGCUUUGUGACCAUCCUAUCAGCCAUAGUCUCUCUGAUUGUAGAGGAAGAUCUAAAUGCUUGGAGAAUAAGGCCUAAUAUUGAGUUGGCAGCCACUGGAUUCUCGGCGGUUUUUGCAGUAUCACUUCGAAGCAUUGUUCAUACAUGGGCAUGCCACAAGAAAGGGCCUGUCUACACUUCCAUGUUUAAACCAAUUGGGAUGGUUCUAGCAGUAUUCAUAGGGGUGUCUUUUCUAGGGGAUACUCUCUAUCUUGGAAGUGUGAUGGGAGCUGUUAUUAUUGCCUUGGGGUUUUAUGCGGUGGUGUGGGGGAAAAGCCAAGAAGCGAGGACGGUCGAAGACGAAGAGAAGCGUUGCUUCGAGUCAUCUUCCCCGAGGGUUCCUCUUCUGCAGAAUAUAUGCACAAAUUUAUAGCAUAUUUGCGCGAAAUAUUUAUAUACUAAAGUAUAAAUGAAGCUUAAUACAUAUGAUUUGGAAAAAAAAAAACGUAGUACAUAUGGACCAUGUCUAUAUGCUGUGGACAUGCUUGUCUAGUUUAAAGGCCAAGGAUAUAAUGAACGACGGAUCCACUUAGGGUCAUAGCCCCAGAACUUUUUAAAAUUUUAUUGGGGAUAUUUAUGUAAUUUUUAUUAAUUUUGGAUAAAUAAAAAAAAUAUCAUUCAGUUUCUAAA